GCCGAGCGCGGUGUGCGAGUACUGUCCAAUUUCAUUGAGUCCAGACGGGAAUUCUAGAAAAAUAAUCAGUUUUAUACCAUAUCUAGUAUUCAUUUUCCUUUCAUUUUUCAAGGAGAAUUGAACAACACAUUUUUAUAAUUCAUGAUAUAUCACAUAUGACUUUAUCAUAUAACCCAACGUCUCCGGAGUUAUAGUUUUCUGUGAUCCCAUUUUUAUCUUCACUUCAGUCCCAUUCGUAGGAAUUAGGAUAGUGUGUACGGCCUACUGACGCCUUUAAUUGACUCGAUCUGGACUUCACCUUCAUCAACAAACUGAGAAAGCUUGACGCAGUUUUUUUUUUCCUGAACCGACAUGUCGAGACAAAGCAGUAGAGCAACAGACCCUCGUAAAAUUAGUCAAGAGCUGUUUACUCUCACGUAUGGCGCCCUUGUGGCCCAACUUGUAAAAGACUACGAGAGCGAUGAGGAAGUCAACAAACAGCUUGAUAAAAUGGGUUAUAACAUCGGCAUUCGUCUUGUGGAGGAUUUCUUAGCACGGUCCGGUAUUGGUAGAUGUAAUGAUUUCAGAGAAACAGCAGAUAUCAUUGCCAAGUCUGGAUUCCGCAUGUUUCUUGGAGUGACUCCGAGUGUUUGUAACUGGAGUCCUGCUGGUGAUGAGUUCUCUCUCCUGAUGGAUAAUAAUCCUUUGACUGACUUUGUAGAACUCCCAGAUGAUCAUAGUAACCUAAACUACUCUAAUGUCCUGUGUGGUGUCAUAAGGGGUGCUUUGGAAACGGUUCAAAUGGAUGUGAGCGUGAGGUUCGUCCAGGAUACACUUAAAGGGGACAAUCAAACGGAGAUUCGUGUUAAAUUCAUCCAGAGGUUAGAAGAUGCUUUACCAGCUGGAGAGGAAUGAACCCCAAACACAUCUCUUGUGUAUAAAAGACUGUGUAAAUAUAUAAAUAUAACCAUGAAGA